UUGCAGAAGAAGAGGCACGGAGAAGAAGAGGAAGAGGAGGAGCGAGGUACGGUAGCAGCACACAGCAAAGUUAAGGACGUUGUACAUGCAGAGAGCCGACAUGUGAGCAGAUGAACAGCUGCUGCGGAAGUAAAUGUGAUCACCAGUUUGCAGCAAUAAUUAUGAGGGAUGGGACCAACUUGCAGGGCGUGGGAAGGGCGAAGCAUGACCCUGUCGGUUGUUCCCUGCGGCAACCCCGUCCUCAUCUUCUCUCUCUCCUUCUCAUGAGACCCCAUCUCUCUUCUACCUCAUUCUGAUUUGAUCACCAGCAGCAGCAGCAACAACAACAACAGCCUUCUCCCUCCCACCUUUCCCCUUCCCACCCCGCAGAUGUCUGUUAGGAGACCAUGUCCUACGCCCCUCUGUUGUUGAUCUCAAUAUUGUGCACCUAAAGCAGCGCAUGCGCUUCCUUGCCGUUGCAUUUUGAGCUGCACUUUUGCUCGUUGAGUCCGGUCCCUCUCAUCUCUCGUCCUUGCUUUUGUGGGGUGCAGUAAGAGCUGGACUUGUGGCACUUAUCCCAAAGAUUGCAUCCUGCGGUGAUCUACUACGUUUGGUUUGCCGAAUCCCACUGAUUAGCUGAUUCCUUCUUCUCUGAUUGGUGCAUCGUGUAGCAGGUGAAAUUUAGAGGUGUCGUUAUGGAGUUUAGGAAUCCUAACGAGGUAGGAAUGCCUUCCUCUCCCUCUGGUUAUAAUUCCUCUCUCAUCAGAGGAGGAUCGGCCUUCUCUAAACCCACUCUAUCCCCCACUUCCUCUCUUCUAUCCCCGAGAGUGGGAGGAGGGGGACUUGGAGGUGGUGGUGGUGGUGGUGGUGGUGGUGGUGAAGGAGCAAGAAAUGGUAACAUCCUUGGCAGCACCAGAUCACCGCCAUCACCACCAACUCUUGAACCCACCACCACCAUGGAUCUUUCACCCCAGUCUCUUACCAAGAACACUGGCCAAGCUUUCGUCUCCAACUCGUCUACAGGUGCAGCCGGUGCAGGCGUGCCGUCUAAGACCGAACCUGCUGCCAUCACUAGUAAGAACUCAACCACCACUACCACUGCUGAUAUCUCCACAAGGUACAGAGAAUGUCUUCGCAACCACGCCGCUGCCAUAGGCGGCCACGUCGUCGACGGCUGCGGCGAGUUCAUGCCGAGUGGCUACCCUGACACGGCCGAGGCAUUAAACUGUGCAGCCUGCGGCUGCCACCGUAGCUUCCACCGCAGGGAGGUCGAUGGCGGCACCAACGCCGCCGGCUCCUACUACCAUGCCACCGAUCACCUGCCUGUGUUGCUGCCGCCACCCCAUCCUCUAGCCCAUCCCCACCACCACCACCACCACCAGAAGCCGUUCCAACUCGGCGGCUUCUCCAGCCCAUCGCCGACCGUGCCGGGGUCGUCCGGCUUCUUCCAGUUCGGUAGUAACAGACCCAGCGGCAGCGGAGGCACGACGACGGAGUCGUCGAGCGAGGAGAGGAUCAACGCUGCGGCGCCGACGGCCGCAACCAUGCCGAGAAAGCGGUUUAGGACCAAGUUCACGGCGGAGCAGAAGAAUAAGAUGUUGGCUUUCGCCGAGAGGAUCGGGUGGACGAUUCAGAGGCAAGAUAGCGAAAUGAUCGAGCAAUUCUGUGCGGAGAUCGGCGUGAGGAGACAGGUGUUGAAGGUCUGGAUGCACAACAACAAGCACACCAUAAUCAGAAAGCAGCCGCCGCCACAGCACCAGCAGGAACCCCCAGUGCAACAACAGCACCAGCAGCCGCCAGAGUCACGCCUCCCCUACAGCAGCUGUAGCCAAGACCAGACUCUCAUCUAACCUGACUUCGCUUGCGCAGGAGGACUCAGGCCAUGGAGGAAGACAAAUUUUGUUCAUCUUGUGGGUUUACUGGUUUGAGCUGCUUUCCUUCUCAUCCUCCGGUGCUUGUUUGCCAUUUGAAACAUCGAUCUUUAGCUUAAACUGUCUCUGCAUUAAUCUUAUCGCAUGCGAUCGGUGAGCUGCCACCAACAAAGGAAGAUAAGAGGGACGCACGGUUCAGAAGUGACCACAGACAAGACAUGUCGGUCCCCUGCGAAGAGCUGAACAUGUAACUCGAGAUGCAUCGGAUGCUUCCUAUGGAUCCAUUGUGCAUUACAAGCCUGAAAUCAUAGCUGAGAUCGCCAUUGUCACCUAAUACCGUCCGUCCUAAUACGAGCAAGAAGGCAGUAGAAAAGAAUCCGACAUUGCCUCGUUGGAAUCUAGCGGUGGGACUGACAAAUCGAGCACCUCAAUCACCUGUUUCUUGUUUCUUGUUCCUCCAUUAGCAUUCCUUUUCAUUUGCUGUCUUUUGCUUGGUGAUCUCAAUAAUCUGUCGGUCAUUUUUACGUCUAAUUCCAUCACGUUGUCCCUAUAUCUGUUGCGCUAAAGAGGCUAACGCCUGAGCUUGCAAGGGAGUUCACUUUCCUUUAGCUGCUGCUGCUUUUCUAGCUUGUGGAAUACAGAUGAUAUUGGCUGUGAUUCCUUUCCCUUUCGCAGAAGACUAAGUGUUUAAUUCUCUCAAAGCCAGAUUGAUGCAGAUUAGUAUGCAUAUUACAAGCAAUUUUUCGAUGGUCAUUUGUAUUAGUUCUUUUACCCUUUCCACAUAAUUAAGUUGUCCUAUACUUGAAAUUAAUAUUGUGGUUGUGGUCACCAUUGUUCCUAUUCUCAGUAGCAGAGAACAUUAUAUUCUAUAUCAUUCAUAUGGCUUUAAUUUGAGUUA